AUGGUGCGUCUUUUUGAAGCGUUUACUCCACGAGUCUUGACAUCAAACACGUUCCAUGAGGUUUUGUGUGUGUGGUCGCCUGACUCCUGCCUUCACAGAGGUGAGCGCCUAUCUACCGCCAUGAACGAAAAGUUCAAGGUGGAAGGUGCCCACCUGAAGCCUGGCUUGACGGAGAGCUCAAGAGCGCUAGCUAAGACAAGCAGAGGACAAGAACAUGCAAGAUUGACAGCCGAUCUGCACUCAGGACAUGUGGGAGGCAGGAAGUCAACGCAGAGCAGCCUCCUGCGCUCCAACGCGGAGCAGUUUGCGGAUCUCAUCCCCGAAGGAAGCGAGGACUCGGAGGUGGAUCUGAACGAGGAUCUGAACGAGCUUGAUAGCAUCGAGGCUGAAAUCUUUGGGGGGACGCCGCAGGAGGCGAAGGGGGUGCACAGGGGAGGAAGGGAGGACGACGGAGGAGGCUCGCUGCUGAUGAAGGUCGAGCACAGGAGGGGGCCUCCGAUCCUCUCGCCGUAUCUGCAGCACCACAGGGUGGUGCCGUCGAGCAGGAGGGCAGAUUUUGAGAGCAAGUGGAUGCCCAAAGAGGUUAACGGCUCGGUGAUGACGAGGCUGAAGAAGGAGCUGGGAAGCAAGGCCGUCCCUCGAACCAUGUCCUUCCUCAAGUCGCUCAUGAGGUCGCUGAGCCGCCUCCUCCCGACGGAGGGGAGGAUGGCUCUCAUCGAGGCACUGCAGAGCUACGAGGCUGGGAAGCUGUCAGAGGUGACCCUUGCGGAGAGGAUAAAGGGGCUGGUGGACCAGUACAGGAUAGUGGUGCCACUUGAGGAUGGGCACGGUUACCUGCCAUGGAGGAGGUCGAGCAACGAUCCCCCUCCCCUGUCGUUUGAUGAAGCUUCUCCUGCCAACGACGGGAUGGCUGAAGUUUCUUUCACUAAGAAGGGGAAGCGGAAGCUUGACGAUCGUGACGAGUUGGCUGACAUGCAGGAUCCUGCAAGGCGAGCAGGGUUGAAACAGCAGGAGGACGAGGAAGGAGAGGAUGGCUGCAUGGAAGAAGGAGGGUCUUCAAGCAGAGGGGCAAUGCAGGGGGAGACGUCUAGUGAGCAACUCGAGGACACGCCGAUGGCGCAGCAUAUUACGGGGAAAGUAAGGAGCGUGUACAAGAGCAGCAUGCCUGUGAGGGUACGGGUGGUCGGGGAGAAGGUCUCAACGGCAGGAGGGUACCUGCAUCGCUCUAAGGCGAUCAUGGCGUUCCAGGAAGCGAGAGGGGGGAAAGAGAUCCUGCUGUUUGCCAUGUACACCAACGAGUUCGGAGCAGACGCGCAGGCCCCCAACACCGGGAGGGUCUACAUCGAAUGCAUAGACGGGCUGCCGCUGAGGCCGAACGAGAGGGGGGAGGAGAGGGAGGAGCUGGUGCGGGGGAUCAUGUACGGCUACCUGGAGUACAUGAAGCUUUGCGGCUUCUCCUUCAUCCACCUGCGGGUCCCUCCUCCCCACGACUCCAACUGCCAGAUCUUCUCGAGGAGGCCGGCGGACGUGCGGCUCCAGUGGUCCAUCAGGAUGUCCCUGUGGCUCAAGAAGCUCCUGCGAAGCGCCGCGGCCGCCAAGAUCAUCGACGCUUACCAGUGUGGAGCCCAUGGCAGCAUCCUCAACUACCCCCCGACGCUCCUCCCCGCCCGUCACCUCUACCUGGAGUGCACCUUUGCCAAAGUGGAAGCAGCAAGUGCCAACCGUAUCUCCUUCGCAUCCCAGCAGCAGCUGCGAGAAAGACUGUUUGUGGUUCGUCUGCACCCGGGUCCCAGGACAGGAGGAGGAACAGGCGUGCGCGCCAUCGAUCGCUCUCCCCUCGUCCCAGCGACCACCGCAGCCUCUCGGCAGGACCUCAUCAAGACGUUGACGACGCGGCGCUGGUCGUUUCACACUCUUGCUCAUGCUACGACGACGACAACGGGACUGUUGCAGAUGCUGAUCAGUGAGCAGCGAGCGGCGAGAAAGCAGGAGGCGACAGAGGCGUCAUCCUCCUCCUAUCCUGCUGCAGACACCUCGAUGGCUGCUGCUUCGAGCUCUUCCUCCAAGGAUGCAUUUAGGACUCCUGAGCGUCUAUCCCAGCAGCUAGCAGCCAUGCUCGAGCGAUCCGCCGAGACCACACCGAGUGGAUCAGUGCCAACGCCAGGACAAGAACUUGCUGAGAACCGAUCGGAGUUCCUGGAUUCCGUAUUUGAGGUCUGGGAGAAGCCAAGGGAAGAAAAGCUGUCUGCCAUCACUGCCAGCACCGUCUCGCCGCUCAUCCAGCCUUCUCCGAACCUCCGGCACAUGCAGCAUGAGAUGCAGGAGCUGGGGCAGCAAGAGAUUGACGAUGGCUCUUCCCUGUUCUGCAUGGACACCCUUCAGUUGUGA